AUGUGGAUAUCUCGUUCAAUCUUGUAUACUUUGGCUGCCAUCACAGCAGCUGCAUACGCCCAAGAAGAUGGUAACAGUAAUAACGCCACCACAACAACCACAACCACUGCUAGCACAAACAAGAUUACACCAUCUUCUUCCUCUGGACCAUUACCACAAUCGUCUCCUGCUUGGUUGUCGGAUGUAAAGGUGUUGCCAGGCAACGUUGACAGCUAUCCAGUUGAUGCAUCCAAGAUCCCAACAGGCCCGUUUUCAUCCAACAGCAACAUUACACUGCAAGGCUAUCCUUCACCUGGUGAAACGCCAUCCAUUCAAUCACCCCAAGUACAAGCUGUCAUCAAGGCAAUUGACUGGUCUCAAGUACCCAAAGCCUCCAUACGAAAAGCUGACAAUGAUGGCAACCUACAAAUGAAAGGCUACAACGAGGCAUCGGAUCCUUCUUGUUGGUGGAGUGCAACAGGUUGUGUUAAGCCCAAGUUUAGUGGAUUGCCUGAAGACAUUUAUUACUGCCCAAAACCCGGCGAUUGGGGAUUGACAUACGAUGAUGGGCCAUUAACACAAGAUGAAGGCAAAGAAGCUGCUGAGCCCCAUCUAUACAACUUUUUAGCCGAGCAUCAACAAAAAGCUGCUCUCUUUUACAUUGGAGCCAAUGUAUUACGAGCACCUCUUGCAGCUCAACGAGCUCUUGCCGAUGGACAUACGCUCUGCUCCCACACCUGGUCUCAUCCUGCUAUGACAUCUCUCUCAAAUGAACAAGUAGUAGCCGAAUUGUAUUGGACAUUAAGAGUUAUCAAGGAAGUUGCCGGGGUGACCGUGAAGUGCUGGCGUCCACCUUAUGGUGAUGUGGAUGAUCGUGUGCGUGCCAUUGCCUGGCAAAUGGGUAUGAGAACCGUCUUAUGGGAUCAAGAUACCGAGGAUUGGUCCAUGCCUGGUCCUGGUGGCGGAUCCACACCACCUGCUACCAUUGACAGCUAUUUUGAAAAUUGGAUCAAUGCACGCAAAAACGGCACUGAUAACGAAAAUGGCCAUGUGAUCUUACAACAUGAGCUAAACGCAGCUACUGUCCAAAUGGCCGAAAAAUGGUUGCCCAAGAUCAAAGAGACAUUCAACGUCGUACCAUUCCAUCAAUGCAUGAACAUCUCACGACCUUAUUGGGAAGAAAACUUUGUCAUUCCCACUGAACAAGAUCCUAAUCCAACAAAGGCAUCCAACAACAAUGCAACAAGUAACAACGAUCAUCCAUCUGGAUCAUCAACAUCAUCAUCAUCAGAUCCAUCCGAGGACAAGGAUAGCGAUGGAGAGGAUGGUGAAGAAUCGGCAGCUGCUGCUGUUUUAUAUCGUAAUCCUACUUGGUCUCAUAUCUUGGCCUCUGCAACUGCACCUCUCAUCUGGUACUAUUAUUAUUAA